AUGUCUGGAGCUCAGGUAGGGCUCUCAGGAUCCUUCCCAGAGCCCCAGAUUCGACCAGGCCCAGACUCCGACUCUGACUCCGACUCUGAGGACCCAGCCGUGGGCAGUGCGGAAACUGGUGCUGGCUUGCAGAACUGUUCCCAGGUCAUUCAUAGCGGCCACUUCAUGGUGUCAUCUCCGCACAGCGACUCGCUACCUCGGCGCCGUCACCACCGCACUGAGCCCGAACCCUCUGAUCCCCGAAGCAUCGACCCGACUCUGACCCGGCUCUUCGAGUGCAUGAGCCUGGAGUACAGUGGGAAGCUGGUGUCUCCAAAGUGGAAGAAUUUCAAGGGACUGCGGCUGCUUUGCCGGGAUAAAAUACGUCUCAACAAUGCUAUCUGGAGAGCAUGGUACAUCCAGUAUGUGGAACGGAGGAAAAACCUCAUGUGUGGCUUUGUCACGCCCCUGGAGGGGUCAGAAGCUGAUGAGCACCGAAAACCAGAGGCUGUCGUACUUGAAGGCAAAUAUUGGAAGCGCCGCAUCGAGGUGGUGAUGAGGGAGUACCACAAGUGGAGGAUUUACUACAAGAAGCGGCUCCGAAAGUCUAGCCGGGAGGGAGAGCUCUCCAGCCCAAAACAGGAUGAGGAUGUCUGGAGGCCAACAGAGAAAUGGUGCAACCAGCUCUUCUGCAAUGUGGUGCCCAUGCUGCUUGGGGAUGAGGAAGAGGACUCGGGGGGUAGGCAGCACUUUGACUUGGACAGCUUCCUCUCAGACAUCUCUGACACCCUCUUCACCAUGACACAGACGCCUAGUGCCCACCAGGCACUCCCAGAGGAUGCUUAUACUGGGAAUGCUGAUAUGAUCCAACCGGACUUGGCACCCCUGCAGCCCAGCCUGGAUGAUAUCAUGGAGAUCUCAGAUAUUUUCACUAGCCACCGGCCACUGCCUUCACAGAUGCAACUGGGCUACCAGGAGCCACCCUGCUUCAUGCCCAUGGCUGAGCCCCUGUAUGGCAGUGGGGGUGCCCUGCCUACCAACCCUGCCAGUGCCCUGAUCGGGCCAAGGGGGCUGCCUGCCAGCCCCGAUGCCCCGCUCCCACCCAGCAGCCUCCUCCAGGCCGGUAGCACAUCCGAGCUUGGCCUCCAUGGUGCCUUCCUCAGCUCCGAAUUUCCCCUGCCUCCACCAGCCUCUGACUCCCCUGGCAGGGCACCUGGCAGCCUCAGCCCUGAACUCAAACACAAGCCCUUGCUCCAGUAUGCGUUCCCCAGCAAGUGCCUCGGCAUGGAGCCAUUCAGCUCCCCCUACUCCACCCCAAGCCCAUCCUCCAGCACGCCACUGUUGGGCCAGGAUCCCCAUUACCCCCCUGCCUCUGUCCCAUGCUCCAAGUUCCCUUACCCCAGCUCUCCGGGCUCCUCGCUCAUCUCCCACUCAGCCUCUCCACUCUCCACGCCAUGCUUUGUUCAGCAUGCCCCUGGCAUUGGCUACACCAUGGACCUGAUGCCUCCAGGAUACCCAGCCCUGGCCAGCCCCCCGCACCUGCCCCACAUGGUGCUGAGCAGCCCCAGGUUUGCAGUGUCCAAAGGGCUGUCCUUGACUGGGGGCAGCCGGCCAAAGGCGAAGCCCAGCAGCACCAAGGUGAAGAGACCCCAAGGGUCCCCCAUGCCACCACACUUGGCUGUGCCCAAUCCCUGCCUGACUCAGCUGCUGACUACAGCAAAACAGGAGCCAGCCCUGGAUGCCCCGCACACACACAGCGCUGGGCUCGUGCCCUCAUCACCUGCCUCCCUGCACAGUGGUGUCUCCGACGUCCCUUCUGCCUUCCUGUCCAGAACGGCCCAGCUGAGCCCAGGACUGGCUCCCGGCUCCAGCUCUUCCCAGGCUGUGCUGAGCCCACUGGUGGGCACCCAGCCAGGCCCACUGCUGGUCCCCAAAGCGGAGCGGCUUUCCCCGACAUUGGCCUGCGGCAGUGACUGGCUCAAGCCCAGCCAGACCUCCUCAGGACCCACUGGAGGGCUGAGCCCUGGCACCUCACUGCAUCACCAAGCUCCCCGCCGGGGCAGGCCUGAGUCCAGCAAGAUGGAAAGCCGUCGCAUCACACAUAUCUCCGCUGAGCAGAAAAGACGUUUCAACAUCAAGCUGGGCUUCGACACACUGCACAGCCUGGUGAGCACGCUGAGCGCCCAGCCCAGCAUCAAGGUCAGCAAGGCCACCACCUUGCAGAAGACAGCAGAAUACAUCUGCAAGCUGCAGCAGGAGCGGGCAGCCCUACAAGAGGAGGCACAACGGCUGCGGGAGCAGAUCGAGGAUCUCAAUGGCUCGAUCAACCUGUGCCAGGAGCAGCUGCCCGCCACUGGGGUGCCCAUUACACGUCAGCGCUUUGACCAGAUGCGCAACAUGUUUGACGAGUACGUCCGCUCCUCCACACUGCAGAACUGGAAGUUCUGGAUUUUUAGCAUCAUCAUCAGGCCCCUCUUCGAGUCUUUCAAUGGCAUGGUCUCCACAGCCAGCAUGGAGAGCCUCACUCAAACAUCUCUUGCCUGGCUGGACCAGCACUGCUCCCUCCCGGCUCUUCGGCCCACUGUUCUGAGCUCUCUCCGCCAGCUUAGCAUUUCCACCUCCAUCCUGAGUGACCCGACUUGUGUCCCUGAGCAGGCGACACAGGCAGUGACAGGAACAGGCCACAGCACCAGCUCCUCCUAGCUGCCCAUGGUGAGGUAUCUUCCCAGUGGGAAGGGCCUUGGCAAGGCCCUGGGUCCUGCAAGAUGAGCACUCACACCACCACUGAGCAGAGGAGGCCCAGGAAGACAAGAAUGCCUCCAUGGCAUGGGGCUGCGCUGGAGGCACCAGACAGUGACUGGUGGGAGCUGGGUGGGGGAGGAUGUGGGCUACCCUCUCCUGCAGAUGCAGGCUUCAAGAGUCCUGUCCUGGAGCUGGUACCCAGCAAGCCACAGAGGUGGGGCUGCUGUCUGCGCUGCGUGUGUUUCUGAGGGCUGCCCUCGGGGGGUUCGCUCGGACUCCAAGCCAGCUCACAAAGCGCGGGCAGCACCCAA